CGCCCGCGCACAUGGGUGUCAUGGGGCGUAGACCGUGGCGGCCUCAGCUCCGGUCUCCGGGAUUAAAGAAUCCAGGUCAUGGCUUCCUCGCGCCGUGGGCGUCCAUGUCCUGCUGCUGCCGCCGCGGGACCUGAGAGGAGAAGGACGAGGACGAGGUGGUGGUUGGCGGCGUCGCGCCGACGGCGGACAUGGGUUGGAGGCGGGGAGGAGGCGCGGAUGGCGUGGCCAGGAGAUGGGUGCUGCUGCUAUGCGUCGGGAGCUUCUGCCUCGGCCUGCUCUUCACCGACAGGAUGUGGAGCUUGCCAGAAGCAGAUGAGGUAGCAGUACUCCCAAAUUUAAGAAGAGAGGAAGAGGCUGAGCGCAAGACUGGAGACUGUAAUGUAGGCAAAGUUCAAGGAAAACACGAUUACAAUGACAUGUUACGUGUCUCAGAUGCUCACCAUAAUUCACAGACUUUGGAUAAGGCAAUAGCGAACUUGGAGACAGAGCUCUCUGCGGCAAGAACUCUACAAGAUUCUUUCCUCAAUGGAUCUCCAGUGCAAGAAGAUUACAAGGCUUCAGAGUCUACCGGUAGGCGCAAGUACCUUAUGGUAAUAGGUAUCAACACUGCUUUUAGCAGUCGCAAGAGAAGGGAUUCUAUCCGCAACACCUGGAUGCCUACAGGGGAAAUAAGGAAAAAGCUGGAGGAAGAAAGAGGGAUCAUAGUUCGUUUUGUAAUUGGUCACAGUGCUAUUUCAGGUGGAAUUGUCGAUAGAGCAAUUCAGGCAGAGGAUAAGAAACAUGGAGACUUCAUGAGGCUGGAUCAUGUUGAAGGAUACCUUGAGCUGUCAGGGAAAACCAGGACAUACUUUGCAACAGCUGUUGCUUUAUGGGAUGCUAACUUCUAUGUGAAGGUUGACGACGAUGUACAUGUUAAUAUAGCAACACUUGGAAAUAUCUUAUCCAAACAUAUUUCAAAGCCCAGGGUAUACAUUGGAUGCAUGAAGUCUGGCCCUGUCCUCUCUGACAAGGAUGUGAGGUACUAUGAACCAGAGCACUGGAAAUUUGGGGAAGUGGGUAAUAAAUAUUUUCGGCAUGCCACCGGUCAACUGUACGCUAUUUCAAAAGAUUUGGCAGCCUACAUAUCGCUAAACAAGCAUGUUUUGCACAAAUAUAUCAACGAGGACGUGUCUUUGGGAGCUUGGUUGAUAGGGUUAGAUGUUGAGCAUAUUGAUGACCGCAGACUAUGCUGCGGCACUCCACCAGAUUGCGAAUGGAAAGCUCAGGCUGGUAACACCUGCGCUGCCUCGUUCGAUUGGAAAUGCAGCGGUAUCUGCAACUCUGUGCAGAACAUCUGGGGGGUUCAUAAGAAGUGUUCAGAAGAUGAAAAGGCGCUGCUGACUGUUUCUUUCUAAUCAAAGUGCAGUGCUGUGUAUCUGUACAUUGUGCAAAGAAUGUGUCCGGUUCAUAGGUGGCUAAAUGGCUUACAAUUAGACAACACCACUGGAGCAGGCCGCAAUUUUACUCAGCGUCCGCUGGUGGCACUCUGAGGAUUUAAGGGGUGUAGAGCUGACCGAUUCUUUUAGCAAGUUGGCCAGUUGGGUGGUCAUACAUGUAUUGACCUGAUAAAACAAACACUAUCCGACGAGUUCAGCCAGGCUGUCUGAGCUAAGACAGGAUGAAUAACGGCUGGUUGAGCUCAUGCAAGACAUUUAUUUGGUUGAUUGUACAAAUUAAUGCAGACCGGUGUAGAUGCUAUUUGGUUGACUGGACAAACAAAUAAAAAAAAAUCUUUUUUG